UUGUCCACCCUGCCAUGAUGUGUUUCACCUGUGCUCAGUAACCCUUGCCUUGCUUGUGUAUCUAGUCUCUGUGCUCCCCAGUCUUCUUCGUCAGUUUAUUGUCGGGUUCUAAAAAGGUAAAUUCUUGCUUUUUGUCCCUAGUUAUUCCUCAGAACUUCCCUUCUUGCUUCUUGGGUUUUAUUUUUGGAUAUUCUGUUUUUGGAGUUUAUGGAUUUUGUUACCUGCCUGCCACCUGCCUACAAACACUGCUUCUUGUUGAUUAAAUUCACAUGUGCUCUCACCUUGGGUCCAGGACUAUACCAUCACCAUGUACUUCCAGCAGUCCUGGAGAGACAAGCGUCUGUCGUACACAGGCAUUCCUCUCAACCUCACCCUGGACAACCGAGUGGCAGACCAGCUGUGGGUCCCCGACACCUACUUCAUUAAUGACAAGAAGUCUUUUGUCCACGGGGUGACAGUGAAGAACCGAAUGAUCAGACUGCACCCUGACGGAACUGUGCUCUACGGUCUCAGAAUCACCACGACAGCUGCCUGCAUGAUGGACCUGCGCAGAUACCCACUGGAUGAGCAGAACUGCACUUUGGAGAUAGAGAGCUAUGGAUACACCACUGACGACAUCGAGUUCUACUGGCAGGGCGGAAGCAACGCAGGCUCUGUGACUGGGGUGGAGAACAUUGAACUCCCCCAGUUCUCCAUCAUAGACUACCAGACCCUCUCCAAGAAGGCUGUGUUUGCUACAGGCUCAUAUCCACGUCUGUCCCUGAGUUUUAAGCUGAAGAGGAACAUUGGCUAUUUUAUCCUACAAACCUACAUGCCCUCCACCCUGAUCACCAUCCUGUCCUGGGUCUCCUUCUGGAUCAACUAUGAUGCCUCGGCUGCCAGAGUGGCCUUAGGCAUAACCACGGUGCUGACCAUGACCACUAUCAAUACCCACCUAAGGGAGACGCUGCCCAAGAUCCCUUAUGUCAAGGCCAUUGACAUUUAUCUCAUGGGUUGCUUUGUCUUUGUCUUUCUGGCAUUGCUGGAGUAUGCCUUUGUCAACUACAUCUUCUUUGGCCGUGGUCCUCACUUACAGAAGAAAGUAGCAGAAAAGGCUGCCAAAACCAACAAUGAGAAUAGGAGCAGAAUGGAGAGCAACAAAGUGCAGGUGGAUGCUCAUGGCAACAUCCUACUGACCAACCUAACCAGUGAGAUGGGUGGAGCAGAUAUGAUGGGAGCUCUCAACGACCCUCGGGCUACCAUGUUCUCUUACGACAGUGCCAGCAUACAGUACCGCAAGCCCAUGACCAGCCGAGACCUGUACGGACGACCGGCCAUUGAUCGGCCAAUGGGCCAUAAGAAGGGCCGCUUGAGGAGAAGGGCCUCGCAGCUCAAAGUCAAGAUCCCUGACCUCACGGAUGUCAACGCCAUAGACAAGUGGUCCCGUGUCGUCUUCCCCAUUGCAUUCACCUUCUUCAACCUAGUCUACUGGCUUUACUAUGUCCACUAGGGUGGCAGUAGUGAGCCUGUGUGGCAGCACCACUGCUAGUGAAAAGCUACCUAGGUCUUGUACAGCAAUGAAAAUAAUCCAUUUAUAUAAAUACUGUUUUGGAAAGAGUAGUACUGGGUGACUUUACAAUGUAAAUACAAUUUAAAACAGAGGUAUAAUAUAAAACAGAGAUAUAAUUUAUAAAAAAAAACCUAUCACUUUUACUGUACUCAUCCAAACAAAAUAGAUAUAGAUAGAAAUAUUAGACACACUAGAGGUAUUGUAUUUCUAAGUCCAAACUUGCCAAAAAGACAUUGGUGACCCCAACAUUAUGGGUAAUGGUCUUUCAUUUGUUCUCUUUUUCUUACCUUCUUCUUUUAUCUCACAUUUUGCAUGUGAAUGCAACACAACAUUUAAUUUGCUUAAAGGUGAAAAAAAAAAACAAGAUAAAGAAGCCCAGUGCAAAAACAGUGGGUAACUGAAGAGGUUUUCACUUGGUUUUGUGACUGAACCUCAGCCAGCUGUUAAAUAGAAGAUGUUUGGGUGAAUGCCAUCAUAAUAAGGUAAUCUUCGUUGGGUUCAAGCUCAGUGCCCUGACUGGGGUAAUGUUUAUGGAGUUGGGUUGUACCAUUGUGUAGAAAUCCUUCUUUGACAGCCAUUUGUGACCUAAUAAACAUGUUACCUUUGCUUUUCAAGAUUUACAUGAUUUUGUUAGGAUUGUGCCAAGUGCAUGUGCAUUUAUCUGCUUUUGCAGUGCAAAACAACAAAUUCAGUUCCCUUCAUAUUGUAUCUAUUAAAAAAGCUUUGCAUGGCUCUACUGGGCCCUUUAUUAUAAUCAUUAUACUGUAUGCUUUUGAACAAUCAUUGCAUUUAAGAUAAGCACAGGGCAGAUAUUAAUUGGAAUUCACACUAAUCUCUCAAACGAAAAAAUUUUAGUCAGAUUUGUACCAACAAUAUUCUCACAGUGUCUGUGAGCAUGUGCAAUGCAAUUUUCUUUAAAGGAAAUCAGGUAAAGACUGACCAAUGAUGUCACCAUGCUUUCAAAACCACAUUCAAAAUGAUAAGCCCUGAUAAAACACGCUGCUCGUGAUGAAAUACCUAGUACCAGUGUGUUGAAAAUAAUGGAUGAAUCCACACUUACAGAAUAGGUUGAUUGAAAUUGAAGGAAGUAUUGUGUCCUUUGCAGUCUCUGGUAUAAUAAGGGAUAUAGUAAGGGUGUGGAGGUUGAGGACAUGGAUGAACAUAUAGAGUCUGACUUUCAUACAGGAGACUGGAGUUUGUAUUCUGUCAAAGACCAACAAAUAAUAUUGUAUACAUUUGUAUCAAGCAAAACCACGAUCUUGGUUUGCUUGACUCUAUCCAAACUCUCACCUUAACUUUAG